AAUGGCGGCGACGCCCCCACGCGCCGUACUGUGGAGGAUGACGGGAAGGACUCGGCAGCAAUGACUGGAGGAUGGACCCCGGGCGCUGGCCGCUGAGUUUGGGGUUUUGGUCCCCCGAGCUGUGACAGCACCUUCUUGUGAAAGCGCUUUGGAAAAUUUAAAGAGGUCUCUAAGCUACAGCAUUCCCACCAUGGAUUGCCAAGAAAAUGAGUACUGGGACCAAUGGGGACGGUGUGUCACUUGCCAACUCUGUGGGCCUGGACAAGAGCUCUCCAAGGAUUGUGGUUAUGGAGAAGGUGGAGAUGCAUACUGCACAGCCUGCCCUCCCCGCAGAUACAAAAGCAGCUGGGGCCACCAUAGAUGUCAGACUUGCAUCACCUGUGCUGUCAUCAAUCGUAUCCAGAAGGAGAACUGUACAGCUACCUCUAAUGCCGUCUGUGGGGACUGUCUGCCCAGGUUCUACCAAAAGACACGUAUUGGAGGCCUGCAGGAUCAAGAGUGUAUCCCGUGCACGAAGCAGACCCCCACCUCUGAGGUUCAGUGUGCCUUCCAGUUGAGCUUAGUGAAGGCAGAUGUACCCACAGUAUCCCCUCAGGAGGUCACACUUGUUGCACUGGUGAGCAGUCUGCUCAUGGUGUUUACCCUGGCCUUCCUGGGGCUCUUCUUCCUCUACUGCAAGCAGUUCUUCAACAGAAAUUGCCAGCGUGGGUGGAUCAUCCUGUCUCUGACUUUGGAGGCCAGUUUCUCAGAUAAGAGCUGUUGCCCAGUCCCUGGGCAUGGGCAUGAAACAUGGGCAAUGAAGCAUUUGGGCCCCAGGGCCCGGAAAGAAGAAGAUGAGGCAACAUCUGAGAGCUGCCUGUCUCCCUCCUCCUGCCUCAGGAGAAGAGAAAUGGUUUCAGGAGGUUCGCUGCAGUAUGAGGCUGACGAGGCAGCGGAGGAGGAAUCUCUCUUCCCCAUGCCACCUGGCCAGGAGACCAGUCCUGAGUCCCCACUGAGUGAAAGCAUCUUUGAGACCCAGGCACUUAACCCCAUCCUGGAUGACGACUGCAGCUCGACUCGUGGCUUCCCCACACAGGAGUCUUUUACCUUGGCCUCCUGUGCCUCAGAGAGUCACUUCCACUGGGUCCACACUCCCAUCGAAUGCACAGAGCUGGACCUGCGAAAGUUUUCCAGCUCUGCUUCCUAUACUGGAGCUGAGACCUUGAGGGGGAACACAGCUGAAAGCUCUGGAGACAGACUGGAGCUCACUGUACCCUUUGAAGUACCCAGCCUUUAACUCUACUGAGGUGAGCUGGAAAGGUAGGGUAGAAAGACCAGAAAUUGGGGACCACCCCCAAAAGGAAUUAUCCCUUGGAGUACUGUUGUUCAGUAGGGCUAGUGUCAGAGGAACAUCAAGCUAGGAACAUUGGUGGAUGGAGGGACAACUGUGAUAAUGUUAAUCUUUUGAGCCAGUCAGUCAUACAUCAUAUAUCUGAGCCUACAGUUGUCAAGGAACUGGCCAGGUUGACAUGACACCAGUUUUUCUAUCCUGGCUUUUUGCACUCUCUCUCAGGGCCCCACUGUCUAAUAGUUAUAUUCAGUUAUCUCCCAUCAUGUAUUCAAGCACCAAGGUACAGUGGGAAAAUAUACAAACCUUGGCACCUAGAAGCCUUAUAUUUCAAAUCUACCUCCAUUCCUUAAUAAAUAUCUGUGUGAAGCUUGUGUAAAUCCCUUCACCUCUCUGAGUCUCAGGUCCUUAAUCUGUGAAAAGUAGAAAAUACUAUUCACCUUAUAUUGUGAGAGUUGAAUGAGAAAUGCAUGUGCAAGUGCCUUUUACAGUGUCUAAUGCAUUAGAGGUGUUUAAAUCAUAUUAGUUUGUCUUUCCCUCCCUUGCCCCCGGUCACAAUUUAUAUUGGGUUGGCCAAAAAGUUUGUUCGGGUUUUUCCAUAAUGUCUUAUGGAAAAACCCAAAUGAACUUUUUGGCCAACCCAAUACAUCCUUACAUAUACACUACACUCGUCUGGUCUUCAUAACAUACCUUUGUGGUAAGCAGGUCAGGGUUUGUUAGCUUCACUUUAUAGAGGCAGGAACUGAGACGCAGAGAGGGAAAGUGAUUUGCUUAAAGUCACAGAGCAUGUCAGUGGCAGAACUGGGUUAGAGCCCAGGUUUUGGAGCUCCAAGUAAGUAACAAGGGGCAGUAUGAAGCAUGGGGGUGGAUUCCUAUUUUUCAACUAACCAAUUACUUUCACCCCCAUUUCCAUAUUUCUCCAGCUAUGAUAUUGUCCAGGUCCCCCAAUGACUCCCCCUCCCUAUAUCUUACCUAAGAAAAUAUAAACAAUAUGUAGACGAAAGCCAAGACUCCUAUUAAACCGGUCAGCCUAGAUACCUUCAAGGUCAUCUAGGCCAACCUCCCUUCCAGCUCCUCCAAUCCAUGCUUUUAUAAUAUCCCCACGAAGUGUUUAUGUCAUCCUUGCUCACAUACUUACAGUAUCAGAGAGCUCACUACUGCCCAACAUGUAUUGCAGCUAUGACUGGUGGAUUUGAGCUCAGUGUAAAGAAAAACUUUCUGUCUUCUUAUAAUAACCACCCUUGGGUCCUGCUCUGCUCCUUGGGCCACACAGACCUCAUCUGCUUCCUGUGUCUUGUGAUAGCCCUGAAGAAGUCUAAAGAUAGCAUCUCCUCUCUGGAAAGUACCACUUUGGGUUCCUUUAAAGUAUGGGGGGCUUAAAACUGAACCCAGUUUCAUGAGGAAUUGUCUCACCAACACAGAGUAGGGUAGAACUGUCAUCAUGUCCACCCCACACAAGUGAUGUUUUUCUGCUAUUGUACCCUAACCACUGGCCUAAACCAUUUUUUUUGAGGCAUGGGAAGAGAAAGGAGCUAGUGAGAUUGCCCCAUAGGUUUCUAACUUGCUCUGCUCCCUCCCUAGGUCUCUUGGGCUCCUGGCAGCCCAGUUGUUCUCCCUGGACUCUCCUGCCUUGUUCCUAUACCACAACAGCAGCAGGGGCAUGGGAUGUGGUAUCCACAACAGCCUGUACUCUACAGACGGGGCACAUCCUAUCCCAUCCCACCAAAGAAUUGAUUCUUCAUCAUUUUCCCGAGACUGACCAGCAGCAUUUUUUGCUUUCCUAUCCUAGAUAGCCUGGAGAGCCAGAUUCCCCAGUCAUGGGACUACCAGACAUGUUCCUAGCUCAGCUUGAUUAUAGAGAGGAGGGGAGGGGAUGGCAAUGAAUGGGGUAGAGUUUUACUGCCUGCAUCUUUGGUCAGGUGAACCUGAAGGAGGAGCCUCUCAGUACCCUAUUGAUACAUCGACCUAGCACUUUAGGGACAAAAUCAAACUCUUCCCCCUUUCUCUCCUCCGCACUGCCCCCCCUCCCCAGUACACACACACACACACACACACCUACACACAUCUUAGGAGAGGCCUGAAACCUUGAUUCCCCACACAUCUCUUAGACUUCUGUGGCUGUGACAAUCACGGAGCUAACCCCUUUGCCCCCUGGGGUCUUCCUCUCCACUUAUAGGUUUCUUACCUUUUUUAGUUGGGAUCCAACUCAGUGUCUUUUUGACUUUUAAAAUGAUACUUCCUAAAGUUCCUUUUAUCUUAUUUCUCUUCUUUUCUUGCCUCCUUUGUCCCUUCCUGGUGCCUUGUCUUCUUAAGCCCAAGGCUGAGCCUCUAGAUCCCCAGGGCCAAACUCAGAGCUCAGAGCUUUCAUCUUUGGGAUGGCCAUGAAAUCCCUGAGAUCUAGGGGGGGGGGACACUUAGGAGCUUAGGUUUUCAAUGAAGCCUGCCCUAGGGCUGCUCAGGGACUAUUGGUGCUUUCUUGGUUUAGAGAAAAACCAAUCAAUUGCUGAGCCCUCACCAACAGUUUCACAUGCUUCUCAGAAUAAAGUGGAACUUCUCUCUCCAUGGCUGAUGCCACAGGGCAGAUGAGAACAUCAAGGCUCAGAUGUGGGCACCAUGGAUUGUUUUUAAGUCUCCCUUAUGUCCAUAAUGGGCUACUAGGGCUGAUACCCACUCCCUCACUGUGGGACAGAUUUUGAAAGAAAACUUGCCCAGAUGAGUAGAGCAACUAUCUCCUUUGUUUGGGAGCAACCUAUAUACUCCAGAAUGUUGGAUGUGACUUAAUUUGUGAAAACCAAGACUGUAUCUUAGGGUGGGAAUGCUGGAAUUUACUACGUAUAUGUGCUGCACUUUACAGUUUGCAGUAUGCAUUCACAGCAAUCAUCUCUUUGGAUCUUUAUACACACCCUGAGGUGGGCAGGGCAAGGAUUACCAUCCCCAGGUUGCAGAUGAUGAAGCUGAGGCUCAGAAAUGGAAGGUGACUGCACUCAGUAAUGUAUGGGGUAAUUAUCAAGGCUAGGGUCCUCUCCAAUAUCUUGAAAUCUUCAUUUUCUAGAAGACAGUGUUUUAAAGUAGUAGCUUUUCUGGCAUAUCUGUUCCAGAAAACAACUCUUUUUGGAAGCAAAAGGGGUGGAGGGACAAAUAAGGCCCUUAUGCCUGAAUGUGAAUGAGGUAAUAUCCUUGCCUACAAUACCAAACCUAUUCUCUCCCCCUCCCAUCAGCUCCCCUACUCCCACCCUGUAGCCAGCCUGGAUGUAUAUUCUCUGCCAGAUCUGACCCCAGUGGAAAGGUAAGAGACUUUCCAUUCAGCACUGUCUCUCAAGAGAUCAAAAAGUGAGAAGAGCUGCAAGGUCAGACAAAACUCUUUCUAUCUGUCUAUCUUACCUCCUUUUGCCACUGGGGGUAAGAAAGAAGGUAUAAAGGUUGGAGCCAGUAGGAGUAUCCAUCCUACUUGUCCUCCCUCCUAUAUUCCUCUAUUCAAUUUAAGAGUCUCUGAUCUUAGUUUGGACAAUGACUUGAGACUUUAACUUUAGAGGUGGGAGGGGGGCAAAUAUCCCAUCUUUAAAAGCCUCUCCCAGGUAGAUUGCAGAUAUUUGAGCAAGUCUGUCAAUUAUAACACUUUAGUGUUUUACAGUCUAAAAAAGUUCAUUCAUACAUGCCUAAUUUAAAGAUGAGGAACCUGAGUCCUAGAGAGAAGUAGUAACUUACCCAAAGCAAUUCAUAUUUUGGAAAGGCAGCCUGCUCCACACUCCCACCCCCAGACUGAAGUGUGGAUUCCAUGGCUGAGAAUAGAGCCAGGGAAGGGCAGUUAGAGCAGAAACUGCUCUUGGCUAUGGCAGAAGGACAGGCAGAGGUGUUGGAGGGCACUAGUUAUUUCUAUCCACUAGACACUGCCUAAAUAACCCUUAAAAUAUCAUUAAGGAACAUAGGGAAGAAACAGGAGAUUGAAUAAGGCAAUUCAUCUCCACCACCAGAAAAAAACAGCUGGCCCCAUAGUCUAAGUGCUACGGAGGCAGCAGUGUAGUCUUCCACUGAAAAAUAGCACAUGACUUCAUCCACACCCAGGAUGGAGAGGGUUUCUUUGUUUUUUGUUUCUUGGGGUUUUUUUUGGCUUUACUCUCCCCUAUAGCUCUUACCUCCUAUGGCCUACAAGGUUUCCCCUCCCUUCUUCCAGGUCCCUCUAGACUCACCACACUCCCUGGGUUAGCUGGAAGAUCUUAUGCAUGUUUGAAGAGUGAUGGUCCUGUGUUGCAGCAUAGGGCAGGGCAAAUAAUUUCCCUGUGGAUCUCCUGGGCCUCACCCUUUAUUUGAAGUGCUAUAACUCUCCACCUCCGGCAGGGAACCAGGCUGGAAUUUGCCCUAUUGGAACCUUACGGAAAAUCUCUGAGCCAAGGUGACCUUCCCUCUGGGGCCUGAUUUCCCCAAACUACCUCCCAGCAGUCCUCCAAAGAUACCUUCCAAUAUACUUAGGAGUAGCUGAGUGGGUAGAGGAAGGGAGCCCCACUGCCGCUUUCUAUUAACAUGUCAGUUGGAUCUCAGAUUUCCCACCACCCCUUUCCAUUUGAUUCUUUCCGAAGUGUGUUUUUGCUUUAAUUCUUACCUAUACAUCUCAUGACCAGGAAGGAACAAGCAACUUGGAGGCUGUAUUCUUCUUUAUUAUCUGGCUUUCUGAGGCCUGUACAGCUAGUUCUGUCCAACAAGUACUUGGUGGUUAAUUAAGUACAUUAAAUAUCAUGUGAACUUCAUUAGGUCCUAGCCCUGGCAAAUGAAUGCUCUCUACCACAAAACCUCUGCUUUCAGGAUUUUAUUAAAUGCAUCUUUAGGGACAGUUCAUCUACAAACAUUGAUUAAGGGCUCCUGGGACAACCCAUUGGUCAGGGUGCUAAAAGCACCUGGGAAAAAGUAAAUAGGCCCCAUUGUACUGGACUGGGGAUUAGAAGCAAUUGAAUUACUAGCCUGCACCAAGCAGCCUGACUUAACACAGGUAUUGGCAAAUAUGUGUGAGCCAAGUGUUUAGGCCUUGACCUUUAGGUUCUCUGUUCUUUUCUUUCUGGGACAGUUUAUUCUUAUCUCACUGGCUCUAAUUAGUCAUGUCUGCAGCUUCUGGUAGGGCAAGAACUAGUAUCCAAACAGAAGAUGAUUCAGCUUGGGCAGGCCUUAGGUGUUCAAAGGUCACCAUGUGCCUGGCAGUGGUUCAAGCCCAAGUCUAACACUGCUGCAUCUAUCGCAAAGGUAAUGAUUUUGUCACAGUCAUAAUGACAUUAUGAUAAAAUGUUACAGCCAGCCUUAUUCAUUGUGCCUGCUCUAGACUUUAUAAUUUACAAAGCUCUUUUAUGUUUAUGGUCUCAUUUCAUCCUCCCAAACCCCUGAAUAAGAUGUUAUUAUAUCCCUUUUGAAGAAAAGUAAAACAGCUCAUAUUAGAUAUGUGGCUUGUCAGGCCAGAGAUCAGUCUGACCCAAGUCUCCUGAUCCCCAGACCAGGGCUUUCUCCACUGUUUCCCCUUAACAACUGCUUUAGGAUGGUACAGUUACCACAGUGGCACUGAGGGCAACAUUGCAGAUAAAAACAGCAAUCAUGUAGCAAAAUUCCCCAAUGGUAUAUCCAUAAACACAAUUACUGCAAAGCUCAUUGUGAGCCCCAUCCAAGACAAGAAACUUCCUGGCUAGAAUACCCAGCCCAGAAUAACUUCUUAGCAAUGAUAUUUUCUGUAGCAAUUAAGACAACAGCCUUGGUUUCUGGGGUUACCCCAGUGCACAGGUGUGCCAACAAGGAGCAAGGUCCUCAUGGUAUGAACAUUGUGUGACCAUCCCAAGUCAUACCCAGCAUCACCUUGGUUCUAACUUUCAUUCUGAAGUUAAAAAAUUGUGGUUAGUAAUUGAACUAAGGAAAUGUUUUACUUUGCUUUUUAAGAUAUCUUGGGUAGAGGUAAGGUGAAGCAUGCUUUUUUUCCUUAUAAUUGCUGCUUGGCCAUGGCAAAUGUCACACUCAAGCAUUUGUUCCUGGGGAGGGUUUUUAAAUAUUUCAUUGCUUUUAAAGUAUGGGCAUCUUUGAGUGACUUGCUUUCAUGUAUCUUUUCUAUUUGGGGGUUAUUGGUCAGUGGAAGCACAAAGGACAUGUGACAGAAAAGUUUUCAACAUGUCCCUAAGACUAGAAAAUAGUUGAGUUGUCUAUAUUUGAACUAGCAAAAGAAAGUUGUUCUUGCUUGUAAGGGAGGGGAGGUAUUUACUGAGGAUGAGUUUAGAUUUUUGGUUUCGUAUUUUCUUCUCUGUAUAUCUGGAUUUGGAUUUUGACAGGGAGGAGCCUAGGAGAGCAACUUUCUCCUCCAAGGUUCUCAGAUCCAGGCUUGGUAACAGUGUCAAUACUGUAGCACCCUCUCCACAACACAAACCCUACUAUACUGGGAAGAUAAUCUCUUAUGCACCUAACCCCCUGCUCACCUCACUAAGAAGGUCUCUGGUGUUUUACAUUGAAUGUAGGUAAAUUUUAAUUACUUUUCCCUCCUAAAUUGGUUAUUUAUAGAGCUUUUGUUCAAUCUUGAGCCAUAUGCAUAUGUGGCUACUGGCAGAGUUAUGUUUUAUUUCUGAUGCUCUGGAAAUAUUUCAUAUUAGCCAAUAAAGAAAAAUACAUCCAAACACCUUGUUUAUUCCUCUACUUUCAAAUAACAAGGUGCCUCAUUUGGCUGGUGUGUCUUUGCUCAGUGAGUACAGCAAGGAAAUGUGUUUCUUAUCAGUGGGUCCAUCACCAGGGAUAGUAGGAUCCACUGACUUGCCACCCAAGAGGUCUGGGUUAUAGUCCAAGCUCUCCUUCUAUAUUUUUGAAUUGCUUAUGACAUUUAUCUUUUUUUCUGGGCUACAGAUCUACUAGAACUUCUUGAGUUCUAAACUAAUACUUCUUAAAACAGGUUCCAUGCCCUAAGAGGACUGUGCACAUGUCUUGUGAGGUCUGCAAAAUCUCUCAGAGAUUGUGUGUAUUUUCAUUUUGACUAUAAUAUUCUUUUAAAAAAAUAUAAGCAUAUUUUAUUUAGACCAUCUGGAUUAUUAUCUCUUAAAAGCACUACCUGGCCAUUUCAGAGUCUGUGUUUACAAUCUCGUUGGAUUUAAAGAAGCACCUAAGGAGAUAAUAUUUAACUUUGAAUGCUGUGCUUUACUAUAAUCUUAUUUAAGAGCUAGAGAAAUCAAGUUCCUCCCAUCUUUAAUAUGCUAUGAUCCUGACAACAAAACAUGUUGGCAAGGAUGUGGAGAAUGGGACCUCUCAUACCUUACUGGUGGGAUUGUAAAAUGGUACACCCACUUUUGAAAACAGCCUGUCAAUUCCUCUAAAAGUUAAAGUUAGAAUUACUAUAUAAUCCAAUAAUUCCACUAUGUAUGUACACCAAGAUAAUUAAAAAUAUAUGCACACACAAAACUUUUACACAAAUAUUCAUAGAAACAUUAUUUAUAGUAUCCAAAAAGUGGAAACAACCUAAAUGUCUAUCAGCUGAUGAAUGGAUAAACAAAUUGUCAAGUAUACAUAUAACAGAAUAUUCAGUAAUUAAAAAGAUUGAACUGACGCACAAUAUGUCAUAAAUGAACCUCAAAGCAAGCUGAGUGAAAAAGCCAGACACAAGAGACCACAUAUUGUAUGAUUCCAUUUAUACAAAAUUUCCAUAUAGGCAAGCUAAUGGAGACAGAAGGUAGAUUAAUGGUUGCCUCAGGCUGGGGGGUGAGAAAAGGGGUUAAAAAUGGUCCCCAAUUUAUGUUGAUUCAAUUUACAACUUUUUGACUUUAUGAUGGUGUGAAAGUGAUAAACAUUCAGUAGGAAACAUACUUCAAAUUUUGAAUUUUGAUCUUUUCCUGGGCUAGCAAUAUGUGCUCUAAUACUCUCUUGUAAUGCUGGGAGCCACAGCUCCCAGUCAGCCAUGCAAUCACAAAGGUAACCAACUGAUACACUUAUAACCAUUCUCUACCCAUACAACCAUUCUGUUUUUCACUUUCAGUGCAGUAUUCAGUAAAUUACAUGAGAUAUUCAAUACUUUAUUAUAAAAUAAGCUUUGUGUUUGAUGAUUUUUCCCAACUGUAGGCUAAUGUAAGUGUUCUGAGCACAUUUAAGGCAGGCUGUGCUAAGCUGUGGUGUUUGGUAGGUUAAGAGUAUUAAAUGCAUUUUACACUUAGGAUAUUUUCAAAUAUGAUGAAUUUAUCAGGAUGUAACCCGGUUGUAAGUCAAGGAAAAUCUGUAAAUGUAAAUAGGCAUGAGGGAUCUUAUUUGGGGAUAAAAAUGUUCUAAAAUUGAGCUACGAUGAUUGCUGCAACACUCAGUAAAUAAAAAUUGUUGAAAUGCACACUCGAAAUGGAUGAAUUUUAUCAUAUGUAAAA